AUGAAUAUGAUGAUGAUGUCAUCCAAAAACACAGAGCUAGAUCUCUUGUUUCUUGUUGGAGAACAUGAAGAAAAACAUCAACAUCAUCAUCAUCAUAAAGAGCAUAAGAAGAGAAGCAGAGAGUUUGAUGAUGAGUUUGAGUGUAAAACAUGUGGACGUUGUUUCCCUUCAUUUCAAGCACUUGGAGGACAUAGAACAAGUCAUAAGAGAAGAAGAAGUGUUGAUGGAGAUCAUGAUAACAAGCUGGUUGAGAAGAAGAAGAUGAUGAUGAUGAAAAAGAGUCAUGAAUGUAGUGUUUGUGGGGUUGAGUUUGAAAUGGGGCAGGCUUUAGGUGGUCAUAUGAGAAGGCACAAUCCUGUAUUGAAGAAGAAGAACAACAUGAACAACAACAACAACAACAAGGUGAUCCAGGUUUUGUUAUAG